GGAUUCAAGUCCUGGCUUGUAUCAGCCGGUUAGCACACAUUUGAUAGGGCGUGUAUGAAGUUACAGGGCGGGGUAUGGUGCUGACUGACUGCCCUUUGACUGGAGAAUCUGUGUGUGCAGGCUGCCGAGUGCGCAGCAGACGAGGGGGCGGGUCAGGCUGCAGUAAUAUUUCCCCUCCUGUGCUGUAUUGUCAACCAUAUUGGUGACAGUUUUCAAUGGAGGACUCCAUUGAGGUGAUUCUGCAAGACCACAGGGUCCUUUCUACCAACAGACCCCAUCCCAUCCUGUCGGCCUGCCUAGUUACUCUGCUCACAGGCCUGUAUGGAGUAUGGCACCUGUUUGCUAUGCCUGGCUGUCGCAAAAUCCCGUGGAACCUCAAGGUUCCUUAUCUGCCCUCCAGUAAAGAUCAGACACUGAACAUCAUGAAGCUGCUUGAGGGACGAACAGGUCGCUUAGCAGAUCUGGGAUCCGGAGAUGGAAGAGUGGUGUUUGCGGCCUCUUCUGCUGGUCUCCAGUGCACAGGGUUUGAGAUUAACUCCAUUUUAGUGGCCUAUGCCAGGAGCAAGGUCCGCUGGACAGGAGUGCCCUCCAGCCAGGUGGCCUUUGUUAAAAAAGAUUUCUGGAAGACUGAUUUAUCUACAUACAACAAUGUGACAGCUUUCCUUGCUCCGGGAGUGAUGGAAUUGCUGGGUGAGAAGCUGCUGAAAGAGCUUCCUGAUGAUGCGCGUGUCAUCGCUUGUCGUUUUCCUUUCCCCAACUGGCCCCAACAAUCGUCUGUCGGCUCUGGUCUUGACCAGACUUUUGCUUAUGACAUUAGCAGUGUUCGCUCACACCUGAGAAACGUACCAAACACAGUGGUGCAAUAGGUCACAGCCUCUGGGUUAUUUUGUUUUCCAGCACUGUCAGUCUCAACACCACUAAACCCUCCAGAGACUUUUCGGUUUUCUUAGACCAGAAAUGAACAAAAUAUUUGAUAUUAUAUUGUGAUAUUUAAAGGAAUACCAUACACAACACAUUUUUAGCAGGUAAUCAUAAAAAACUCUGAGGAAAUUGGUGAUAUCUGUCAGUUAUAAGCAAUGAUCAGGAGUGAUGAUUUUGAACAUUGACUGUGACUAAGCAAGAUGUCAGGAUGAUUUUGACAUCACUUAGCCCCUGCAGUGUUUGCCAUAUUGCUAACAGUCUAGUUGCAAAUACCAUCAUGCAUCUAGAAUAUGGCUGUGGCUGUAGCUCUGUUUCUUAGAGCUCUUCCACCUCAGAUAAUUUGACUUCCACAUCAACAAUAAACCUCCUUAGUAGGCCUAGUAUGGUACAGGAGGGAUUGUGAUGUCACUGUGUUUGUAUGUUAUUCAUUAGUUUUGGCCCACUUUGCUUUUGAGGGGUUGUAGUUAGAUUCAUACGUUGUGUUUACUUUUGUAUAUUCAAAACAUGAAUGCAUAUGUCUCCAGCUCAUGGCCAUUCUGAGGUUCGGUCUAUCGUAUUCGUACAGAUGGUCUAAAAUAAUUAUGUGUGCCACCUGACCCUUGAGGCUCAUAUGGACUAUGUAACUGGGUAGAGAAAUAGGCACUUUAGUCUGAGAACCAUGGUCAUAUGUGUAACCCUCUGUUUGUAUGUGUGUUUGUUUGUUAGCAGUAAAACUUAAGAGAUUUCAAUAAAAUUAGCUUAUUACAGAA